UUAUGUUUUACUUAAUUAAUAUUCAUCUUGGUAUCGUUCGUUUAUUCAUAAGAUAACAAUUCUUUGUUCCGCUUGUUUUCUCCGAGACAAUUUUUAAGAAACCUUUUUACAAAAGUCACGUGACAAAAGCAACAUGUCGCUUUGCUGUGCGAUCAGUAAUGAAGUGCCAGAGCACCCAGUCAUAUCCCCAGCGUCAGGCCACAUGUUCGAGAAACGACUCAUUGAGAAGUACAUACAGGAGAAUGGGACAGAUCCCAUGAAUUCGGAGAAGUUGUCUGUGGACAUGCUCAUUGAUGUUAAAAGUUCUCCACUUGUCAAGCCUAAGCCGCCAUCUGCUACCAGCAUUCCUGCAAUCCUCAAAUCCUUACAAGAUGAAUGGGAUGCCGUCAUGUUACACAGUUUUACUUUACGUCAACAGUUGCAGACUGCAAGGCAGGAAUUGUCUCACGCCCUGUAUCAGCAUGAUGCUGCCUGUCGUGUGAUAGCUCGACUCACCAAGGAAGUCACAGCUGCCCGAGAGGCUUUGGCCACACUGAAGCCACAGGCUGGAAUCACAGCAGGUGCUCCUGGCUAUGCACCUCCAGUACCUGCGCCUGCGUAUGCAGCAGAAGCAGGACCUGAAGCUGCCCAACAACCCUUGGAGGAGGCCGGCAUGACUGACGAGGUCAUACAGAAACUCCAAGACAAAGCCACAUUGCUUACAGCUGAACGUAAGAAGAGAGGUAAAACAGUUCCCGAAGGUUUGGCAACAGUUGAAGAUAUCCGACAGUACAGACAACUGGCUUCACACACUGGUUUGCACAGUGCCAGUAUUCCUGGAAUUCUUGCUCUUGAUGUCUGCCUGAGAGAUACAUCAAGAAUUGUUACUGGUGGAAAUGACAAAAAUGCUGUAGUCUUCAACAAAGACACGGAACAGGUCAUAGCCAUUCUUAAAGGUCACACGAAGAAGGUCACCAGUGUAAUUUAUCACCCAGAGGAGGAAUUGGUAUUCUCGGCGUCUCCUGACAACACGAUACGUGUGUGGGGCGUGGCCACAGCGCAGUGUGCCCAAGUGAUUCGAGCCCACGACGCGCCGGUCACGGGAAUCAGCCUGCACGCCACCGGAGACUACCUUCUCAGCUGCUCCCUCGACAUGCACUGGGCGUUUUCUGACAUACGAACUGGCCGUGUUUUGACCAAAGUUGGUGAGACAUCAACGCAGUCGGCUUCUGCAUUGACCUGUGCACAGUUCCACCCCGACGGUCUCAUCUUCGGAACGGGCACGGAGGAUUCCAUCGUUAAGAUCUGGGACUUGAAGGAACGCACCAAUGUAGCCAAUUUCCCAGGACACCAGGGUCCAAUCACCAGCAUUGCCUUCUCAGAGAACGGUUACUAUCUGGCCACAUCUGCUGAAGAUUCGGUUGUUAAACUUUGGGAUUUGCGCAAACUUAAGAACUUCAAGACGAUCACUUUGGAUGAGAAAUACGAGGUGAAGAACUUGAGCUUUGAUCAGAGUGGAACGUAUUUGGCUGUAGCAGGUUCUGAUAUCAGGGCCUACCUCUGCAAGCAGUGGAGUGAACUUGUGGUCCUCAAUGACCACACUGCCGCGGCCACAGGUGUCCGGUUUGGUCAUAAUGCGUCCUUCAUAGCAUCGGGCAGUAUGGAUCGGUCACUCAAAUUCUUUGGGAUGUCUUUAAACUAGUGCUUGCUUCUAGGACAGUAUGUUGUCCCUUGAAAACACACAGUUCGUGUAUAUCCACAAGACUUGAGACGGUUGUUUUGUUUUUUUCAUGAUUAAACAUACUUUCAGUCGACCAGUUAUACCAUGCAGGACUCACACUGGAACAAAUUUUGGUUCGG